CCUCAUUCCCCCCCUCCCUCCCUGCCUUCCCUCCCAUGGUAAUGGAGGUGUCCACGUCGUCUUCCUCUCCCCUCUCCAUCCACUCCCCCUUCGCCGCCUCCGUCGCCGCACCCUGUCGCCGGAGCAGGAUGCUUCCCAUCCGAUUGCCCGUUUCCAGCUUCUGGGGUUCUUCCCUGCACCCCCGUUGUUCCAUUGGACCCGCCAAAACUCAAGCUUCGCCGCUCCGGAUCGCCAAGAAGAAGAAGCACCGGUUCCUUCACGUGAGGGCGGUGUUCGAGAGGUUCACGGAGAGGGCCAUCAAGGCCAUCGUCUUCUCCCAGCGAGAAGCGAAGACCAUGGGCAAGCCCAUGGUCUUCCCCCAGCACCUCUUGCUCGGCCUCAUCGCCGAGGAUCACGUCCGCCACCAUGGCAAUCACCCUUCGGCUCCCGGCUUUCUCGGCUCCGCCAUCACCCUCGACGAUGCCCGCGCGGCCGUCCUCGACAUCUGGCACAAUCAUCAUCAGAACGAUGAUGUGAUCGAGAAUGAUGUUGUGGCCGACGAACACCAAAACGGCAACAGCAGCAGCAGCAGCAGCAAAUCUUCAUCCCCUGCUCACGUCCCCUUCUCAAUCAGCACCAAGCGCGUGUUCGAGGCUGCGGUUGAGUACUCGAGGACGACGGGCCACAACUUUAUCGCCCCCGAGCACAUCGCCAUUGGACUUUUCGCUGUCGACGAUGGCAGCGCCUCCCGUGUUCUCAAGAGAUUGGGAGCUAAUCUUAAUGAUUUGGCGGAUGCGGCAGUGUCAAGACUUCAAGGGGAGCUUGCAAAAGACGGCAGAGUCACAUCUUCUGCUUCUGCUGCUGGAGCUUCCAAGGUUAUGCCUAACAAACCCUUUUCUGGAAAGGCUUCUGCCCUUAAAUCCACCGACAAAAACAGAGGGAAAAGUGCUCUUGCUCAAUUCUGCGUGGACCUCACUGUUCGAGCCAGCGAGGGACUCAUCGAUCCUGUGAUUGGCCGUGAUACUGAAGUUCAGAGAAUCAUUGAGAUACUUUGUCGGAGAACCAAGAACAACCCUAUCCUUCUUGGCGAAGCUGGGGUUGGGAAAACGGCCAUUGCUGAAGGCUUAGCAAUUAAAAUUGCCGAUGCAGAUGUUCCGCCUUUUCUUCUGAACAAACGCAUAAUGUCCUUAGAUAUAGGUUUAUUGAUUGCCGGUGCAAAGGAGAGGGGGGAGUUGGAGGCUCGUAUUACCUCUUUACUGAAAGAAACUUUGAAAUCAGGAAACAUCAUCCUUUUCAUAGACGAGGUCCACACGAUCAUUGGAUCUGGCACUGUUGGUAAAGGAAAUAAGGGAUCUGGUCUCGACAUUGCCAAUCUAUUGAAACCCUCACUUGGAAGAGGUGAUUUACAGUGCAUUGCUUCAACAACUAUGGACGAAUACAGGACGCAUUUUGAACAAGAUAAGGCAUUGGCAAGGCGAUUCCAACCUGUACUUGUUAAUGAGCCAAGCCAGGAGGAUGCAGUUAGGAUUCUAUUGGGUUUACGCAAUAAAUACGAAGCCCAUCACAAAUGCAUAUUUACUUUGGAAGCAAUAAAUGCUGCUGUGCAACUCUCGGCAAGAUACAUUCCUGACCGAUACCUCCCUGACAAAGCAAUAGAUCUCAUUGACGAGGCUGGGAGUAGGGCUCACAUCGACGCCUUCAAAAGGAAAAAGGAACAACAAAUAUGCAUACUCUCCAAGUCACCCAAUGAUUAUUGGCAAGAAAUUCGUACUGUUCAGGCUAUGCAUGAAGUGCAGGUCCAGGGGAGCAGGAUGAAGGUUGAAAACGGCUCUUCAAAUAUGGAUGAUUCAGACUUUGCUUUGCCUUCAACAUCGAAAGAUAAUGAGCCUACGCUGGUCGGACCUGAUGAUAUAGCAGCUGUUGCUUCUCUCUGGUCAGGAAUCCCAGUUCAGAAGCUCACUGCUGAUGAAAGAUUGCUGUUGGUGGGUCUUGAUGAGCAGCUCAGAAAGCGGGUCAUUGGUCAAGACGAGGCUGUUUCUGCCAUCUCCCGAGCGAUUAAGAGAUCCAGGGUUGGUUUGAAGGAUCCAGACCGACCUAUUGCGGCAAUGCUUUUUUGUGGCCCUACUGGAGUCGGCAAGACUGAAUUAACGAAAGCUCUGGCUGCAUGCUACUUUGGAUCGGAAGCAUCUGUGCUGAGAUUGGACAUGAGUGAGUAUAUGGAGCGGCAUACUGUGAGCAAAUUGAUUGGAUCACCUCCAGGUUAUGUAGGAUAUGGACAGGGUGGUACUCUUACAGAAGCUAUCAGAAGAAAGCCUUUCACAGUAGUGUUGCUCGAUGAGAUAGAAAAGGCACAUCCAGAUAUAUUCAAUAUUCUUCUGCAAUUGUUUGAGGACGGACACCUCACAGAUUCCGAGGGACGAAGAGUUUCAUUUAAGAAUGCAUUAAUUGUAAUGACAUCCAAUGUGGGUUCGAGUACAAUUGCAAAAGGUGGGCGCUCUAUUGGUUUUCUGAGUCCAGAUAAUGAGUCAACAUCGCAUGCUGGAUUGAAAGCACUGGUGAUGGAAGAACUGAAAGCAUAUUUCAGGCCAGAGUUACUCAACAGGAUAGAUGAAGUGGUUGUGUUCCGUGCCCUCGAGAAGAGUCAGAUGCUCGAAAUUUUGAACAUUAUGUUGCAAGACGUGAGAAAGCGGCUUAUGUCGAUGGGUAUUGGAUUGGAGGUGUCUGAAUCAAUCAUGGACCUCGUAUGCCAACAGGGUUAUGACCAAAUUUAUGGUGCAAGGCCUCUUAGGAGAGCGGUGACCCAGUUGAUUGAAAACCUAUUGAGCGAAGCUCUCCUUUCUGGAGGUUACAAGCCGGGUGACACAGCCGUCGUCGAUGUGGACUCUUCUGGAAAUCCAUGUGUUACGAACGGAUCCCAUAGGAGUAUCCAUUUAUCCGACAAAACAUCCCUGUUUUAAAGGAAUCAUUACACGAUAAAUUGUCUAAUCCCAAUUUUUUUGUAAAAUUACUGCGUAUAAUGUAUAUGAGCAAUUCUUCAACUGUAUAUUCGAUUGCGGGGACAUUCAUUUCAUAUUCUUUGAAAUAAGUGGAUAUUUGGGGAUGCAUAGACUA